GAGUGAGGAGGUUUAGACAUCAGACUGCAGCGGAACUUAAAUUGACUAUUCGUGUAUUGGUGCUUGGCGGGGUUUCUUUUCGAAGAAAAAUAUUCAAAUCCUAAGCAUCUCGUGUCUCUUUAGCCAAUUGCUGGUGUAUCAUCGAUCGAGGUCUUUCUACUACUCUUUCAGGGUUUAUGCCUAGAAGCUACACUGACUUCUAAGUUUGAUUUUGUUCCAUAAAAUAGUUUGUUUGUUCGAUACAAUUUGAGCGAGCGGGUCUUCACUACCUUAACUAUGGCGGUUGACAAACUGUUUAAAGAUGAAGCUACUGAAGAGAAAGGGGAACGUGCCAGAAUGGCAUCCUUUGUUGGUGCUAUGGCAAUUGCUGAUUUGGUCAAGGCCACUUUAGGGCCAAAAGGAAUGGAUAAAGUUUUACAAUCAACAGGCCGGGGUCGAAGUGUGACUGUUACUAAUGAUGGUGCUACCAUUUUAAAAUCCCUUCAUAUUGACAAUCCUGCUGCCAAGGUCCUUGUUGACAUCUCAAAAGUUCAAGAUGACGAAGUUGGUGAUGGGACAACCUCUGUUGUUGUCUUGGCUGGAGAACUUCUAAGAGAGGCUGAAAAGCUGGUUGCGGCAAAAAUUCAUCCGAUGACUGUAAUUUCAGGUUACAGGAUGGCAGCUGAAUGUGCCCGCAAUGCUUUGUUGCAGAGGGUCAUGGAUAAUAAAGACGAUGCAGAAAGAUUCAAAGCAGACUUGAUGAAGAUUGCAAUGACAACUUUGAGUUCAAAAAUUCUCUCCCAGGACAAGGAACACUUUGCAAAACUUGCUGUGGAUGCUGUUAUGAGGCUUAAGGGUAGUACAAAUUUAGAGGCUAUUCAAAUUAUUAAGAAGCCUGGAGGAUCCUUGAAAGAUUCUUUUAUAGAUGAAGGAUUUAUUCUUGACAAGAAGAUGGGCAUUGGUCAACCGAAGCGCAUAGAAAAUGCUAAGAUUUUGGUAGCAAACACUGCAAUGGACACUGACAAAGUAAAGAUCUAUGGGGCACGUGUUCGUGUUGAUUCUAUGUCACGGGUUGCACAGAUUGAAGGGGCAGAAAAAGAGAAAAUGAAAGAGAAGGUGCAGAAGAUUAUAGCACAUGGGACCAAUUGCUUUGUGAAUAGACAGUUGAUUUACAAUUUCCCUGAGGAACUAUUUGCAGAUGCGGGAAUUUUGGCGAUUGAGCAUGCUGAUUUUGAUGGAAUUGAGCGUCUUGCUCUGGUAACUGGUGGUGAGAUUGCAUCGACCUUUGAUAAUCCAGAGUCGUUUAAGCUUGGGCACUGCAAGCUCAUUGAGGAAAUCAUGAUUGGUGAAGACAAAUUAAUUCACUUCUCUGGAGUUGAAAUGGGUCAAGCUUGCACCAUAGUAUUAAGAGGUGCUAGUUUUCAUGUGCUUGAUGAGGCUGAAAGGUCUCUACAUGAUGCCCUGUGUGUAAUCUCUCAAACUGUUGUCGACAGCAGAGUUUUACUUGGAGGAGGGUGGCCUGAGAUGGUUAUGGCAAAGGAAGUUGAUGAAUUGGCCCGCAGGACUCCUGGAAAGAAGUCUCAUGCAAUUGAAGCAUUCUCACGGGCCUUACAGGCCAUCCCUACAACUAUUGCAGACAAUGCAGGUUUGGACAGUGCAGAAUUGAUUUCUCAGCUUCGUGCAGAGCAUCACAAGGAGGGGUGUACUGCUGGAAUCGACAUCCUCUCUGGGGCAGUAGGAGGCAUGGAGAAACUUGGAAUCUCAGAGUCAUUCAAAGUCAAACAGGCUGUGCUACUUUCUGCAACUGAAGCUGCAGAGAUGAUACUCAGAGUUGAUGAAAUCAUCACUUGUGCCCCACGGAAAAGAGAAGACAGAAUGUGAGAAUUAGUAGGCAAUAUUGAGCCUCGUUGCUACUUCCGAUCAGGGGAUUGAGGCGUGCCCUUUUGUCUUCUAUAUUAUCAUUCUACAGAAUGAAAUCCCCUGCUACAAAAGAUUAGUUGAGUUAUCAAUUUCAGAUGGUUUCGUUUACUGCCAGGAUUAAAUGGCAGGUAUUCUUUUAGGGGCGGGGCCAAUUUACUCUUUAAUUUUA